UAAUGAGGAUUAAGCGGUGUAUAGAUAAUGGAUGGAUGGAUUUCUUACUAGCAGCAGUGUUGAUUAUUAAACUGUUCUUAAAUUACAGAUAUUAUUAGUGGAAUUCUAGAUCUCUAAAAUUCUAUUUAAGUCACUGAUAUGUACUGAAUUUUAGACUUGUGAAAGUGACGUGCACUUCUAACACCUAUAUUAAGAUAUGUACAAUUUCUUUUAUGAUUGCUCAAAAUUGAAAUUCCGAUUUAAAAAAAGGGAUUUCGACUCGUACAAACUAAAUCACUGCUGCGUUGCCAUAUUAUUUUGCCAUUUUUUUGUUACUCCCAGAUGGCCAGAUGGAUUCUGUUAAUCCAGGCACGAAGAAAACAAUGUAAUGUCAGAUGUUUUCAGCACAAAUAAAACAGGAAUGAGAUUUUUAUUGCGUCAAGACAAAAGCCUCCGUGGGAGAGCGAUCCAUUUCUUGAUAGAACCUGAACUGCACGAGGCAGUCUGAGGAAACAUGAAAACACAACUUACUCACACAAUAUCUGUGAACUGAGGUGCACCACACAUCAAAAGACUGAGGAUAACUAACAACUUUAACCACAUUUUACCCCCCUUUGUGUGUGCAUUGAGUGAGUUUUUGCAAAAAAAAAGUCCCAUAAGCACGGUGCUCUUUGUGUGCCCCAGCUGUGAUGCUUUGUCUAUGACACAUGAAGAAUGCACAUACGCGGUGUAUCAGUGUCGGUCCAGGUGGCACACAGGACCACUGGUGUUUGAGGCAGACAAAAUAAUACAAUUACUCAUACAGGCCACAUCAAAGCAGCUCCUGAAACGGCGUUAAAUUGAAUGUAAAUGUUUGAACACGGAGCCAAAACCAAAACCUGGCGAAGCUCUUCUUCAAAGAACGUCUUAACUUUAUCACGCCGGGGUUUAUUAGCUUUGCAUUUGAGUGAAAAAAAAAGAGUUGAUGUGUUUGAUGUUUGCGGGAAAAUGAGUGGGAUUGAGAGAGUUUGUGGAGGUUGGCGUAGGUACGUUGCCCUGAAAAGAGUUCACAAAUCUGAGAUAAAUCUUUUACCAUUCAAACAAAGUGUGUGUGACUUGCAGUCAAUAUCCGGGAGGACACUGUGGGGUUUUGUUGAUCUCGAGGACGCUGUUUAUGAGUCGUUUUUCAUGUUAAAGAGCCAUUUAGUUUGACAGAUCAGGAGUUAAACAGAUGAUAAUUUAUCAGUCACGCCGAUGCUCAUAAUGACGGGUGUCUAAGCUGAAGUUCACACGCUCAAUUGGACUUCUAUUUCACGCUGACACAAACGUCUUGAGGUGGGGUUUGAGCUACAAGCUGUGAUUCGGGAGAAACUAAACCUCUGCGGUGCUUCUGCUCCGAGUGUGGGAGGAUAUAUGUGUGUUAGUGUCGUGUUCAGGCAUGUCCCAGUGCCCUCCCUCCACCUCUCCUCCCUCCUAAUGUGUAUGAUGAUCUGUCUUCUCUCCCUCCUUGUAAUCGGCCACUUCCCGUGUGGAGAGCUGAGAGGGAGAACUGCUGUUUACAUGUCCUCCUGCAAAACAAGGUAGACAGACAGACAGACAGACAGAGGGACGGAAGGAACGACCUCACUGCUGGUGAUUGUUGGAGAUCUGAAUGAGGGGAGUGUUCAGUUUGACAAGGACCAGAGCUGCUGUCUUCUUUGCUCAGUAGGUCACAUCCUUUGACGUGAACUCUCGAGGAGGGACACUGGGAGGCCCGCCAGCCGCCGACACAGUCCUACGGAAACUUCUGUUCCUCGCUGGUGACACAAGUUCAGGAAACGCAAGACCCUCCCGCAGCCUGCAGCCUCAUUGUGCGCUCAAUGAGCAUUUCCAGCUGGAAGAAAAACUGGAAGCCCUCUUUACGGAUCUGUUCUCUCGUCUGACUGAGGAGAUCAGCGCCGGCUUUCCCUCUUAACCUUUGAUUAACUCUGGAACUCGCUGAGCAGGACGCUGAUGUUUAACAGAGGCUGGACGCGUGUUUAUCCUCCGCUCUUUGCGUAACAGCGAGGUAUUGCUGCCCUGGAUGUCAGGAAAUCCCCUUAUAGAACAUUGUAUGUGUGAUCUCCGGAGGAUCAGUUUGCAUCCAGCGGAUCAGGGUUUAAUACGGGUCGGGGGGUAAGUGGGGACAGCGCUGGUGAUGGAGCUCUAUAGUUCCCGCCCCAAUCAGGUAUGACCCAGACCCUGAACCCCUCCUGGAGCUCUCUGGACAGGGGCACGGCUGACUGGUUCGGGGUGAGCAAGGACAGCGACAGCACCCAGCGAUGGAGGAGGAAGAGCCUGCAGCAUUGCAGCCAUCUGUACGGGGGUCUGAAGCCGCAGGUGAUGAGGGAGAUGGAGCUACACAGCCAAGACAAUCUCUCCCUGGCCAGCACUGAGACCCCUCCUCCCCUCUACCUCCCACCCCUCCACCCCAGUCACCACCACUAUGGCAUGCAGAGGAUCGUAGACCCCCUGGCUCGGGGUCGUGCCUUCCGCAUGGUGGAAGAAGUAGACGGCUUCAGUGUCCCGCAAACUCCCAUCACACCCGGCACCGCAUCGCUCUGCUCAUUUUCCAGCUCCCGCUCCGCCAUCAACCGGCUGCCACGACGACGCAAGCGGGAAUCUGUCGCAGUCAUGAGUCUGAAGGCCGCAGCAGCGCUAAUGAAGGGCCGGACGUUAGGUGAAAGCACCGCCGGGCGACAUCGCAGACGGAGUUUCAUGCCUCCUAGCUUCUUUGAAGACGACACUGUGGAUUUCCCUGAUGAUCUAGACACUUCUUUCUUCACCAGAGAUGGCCUGCAGGAUGAGUUGUCCAGCUAUGCUGAUGAGGUUUUUGAGACACCGUCAGAGGCGGCCCUCAAACAGCUGGAUGAGAGCGAGCUCACGGGAAGUGCACUGGACAAGAAUGAACUGGAAAGAAGUCACCUCAUGCUGCCUUUAGAGCGAGGGUGGCGGAAGGCAAAAGAUGGCUCUCUGGUCCAGCCUAAAGUGCGUCUCAGACAGGAGGUGGUGAGUGUCAACAGUCAUCAGCAGCGAGGACAGAGGAUCGUGGUUCCCGUUAAGAAACUCUUCGCCCGAGAGAAGAGACCGUACGGGCUGGGCAUGGUCGGCCGCCUGACAAACCGGACGUACCGCAAACGCAUUGACAGCUACGUCAAGAGGCAGAUUGAAGACAUGGAUGAUCACAGGCCUUUUUUUACCUACUGGAUCACAUGUGUCCAUUUGCUUAUUACCAUUCUGGCUGUCACUAUCUACGGCAUUGCCCCUGUGGGCUUCUCACAACAUGAAACGGUUGACUCUGUUUUGAGGAACAAGGGAGUUUAUGAAAACGUUAAGUUUGUGCAACAACAAAACUUCUGGGUGGGUCCAAGCUCUGAAGCGCUGAUCCACUUAGGAGCCAAGUUUUCUCCGUGCAUGCGUCGAGACGAAGAGAUCCACAAACUGAUCCAGGAGAAAAAGGUGAAAGAGAGAGAAUCCGGCUGCUGUGUGAGGAACGAUCGAUCCGGCUGCCUGCAGACUUUACAGGAGGAGUGUUCGAGUACCCUGGCAGUGUGGGUGAAGUGGCCUCAGCACCCCAGUGCUCCACACUUGAAUGGAAAACUCCGGCAGCAUGGUUCAGUGUGUCACCAGGACCCCAGAAUUUGUCUGGAGCCAGCAUCAGUUUCCCCUCAUGAGUGGCCCGAUGACAUCACCCAGUGGCCAGUUUGUACGAGGUACAACUCCGGGAAUCACACCAACCUUCCCCACAUAGACUGCACCAUCACAGGCCGGCCCUGCUGCAUCGGAACCAAAGGACGAUGUGAAAUCACUUCCAGAGAGUACUGCGACUUCAUGCAUGGCUACUUCCACGAGGAGGCCACUCUCUGCUCACAGGUGGCCUGUAUGGAUGAUGUGUGUGGUUUGCUGCCUUUCCUCAACCCAGAGAUCCCAGAUCAGUUCUCCCGCUUGUGGCUGUCUCUCUUUCUUCAUGCUGGGAUCCUGCACUGCCUGGUGUCAGUGCUGUUCCAGAUGACGGUGCUGAGGGACAUAGAGAAGCUGGCUGGUUGGCUGAGAAUCUCCAUCAUCUACAUGCUAAGUGGCAUCACUGGCAACUUGGCCUCGGCCAUCUUCCUGCCCUACAGAGCAGAGGUGGGUCCUGCUGGCAGCCAGUUCGGCAUCCUGGCCUGUCUGUUCGUGGAGCUGUUUCAGAGCUGGCAGAUCCUCGAGCGACCGUGGCGGGCGUUCGCUAAGCUGCUGGCCAUCUCAGUCUUCUUCUUCUCCUUUGGUCUGCUUCCUUGGAUCGACAACUUUGCCCACGUCUGUGGUUUUGUUUCAGGAUUCUUCCUGUCCUUUGCCUUCUUGCCGUACAUCAGCUUCGGGCGUUCUGAUAUGUACCGAAAGCGAGUGCAGAUCUGCGUGUUCCUGCUCGUCUUCCUCGGUCUGCUCGCCGCUCUGGCUGUUCUCUUCUACGUCUACCCCGUAAAAUGCGACUGGUGCGAGUACCUCACCUGCAUCCCCAUCACAGACAAGUUCUGCGAGAAGUACGACCUAAACGCACACCUCCUCUGAACAUCGGUCCGUGAAACGUACGCCGGACGGUUUCUGCACUGAUGUCACUGACUGAUGAAGUUAAUAAAGUGGACGUGGUGCUGCAGUGAGGAACAUUUCUCCUGGAGUGACGACCAGUAUUUCAGGAUUUCAAAUGGACCUCUGCAUUCUACAUGUAGUUUUUUUUGGAAAGGUACAAGAGACCCCACUAUGAAGAAAGGCAUUGCAUGAAAGUCUUUUAGGUAUUUGACUUUUUUUUUUAUUCACGUGCAUGAGAAGAAAACGAACAACGUAAAGAACAGGACUAUCGGUUUGGUGUGACUGAUCUCUAGCUGGGCUAAUCAAUGACCAGUCACACCGGAGGACGAUUACAAAGACACCUGCCAAAUUACUUACCUCACUUCUCUCGUAAAACUGACUUAACAGCACCCCGUAGUGGCCAAAAGGAGCUUUACAACCUGAGACAGCUGCAGGGGAGGAGUGGAGGAUUUGUGUUUUAUACUUUUUUACAGAUGUUCAAACUGUCAUUUCUGUUUGCUGGAUGUCCUUCGAGUUAAAACUCGUCAAGAAAUGAGGCUCUGAAAUGCUUAAAUGUGCCUUAUUGAUACACAGAACCACACUCACGACGUCUUCUUGUGCCACGUAUGUCAGCAACUUCUGACAUCAACGUCUGGAGAAACCAUAGACUGUAUAUGACAGAUAAACAUACUGCGACAUCACACAUUGGUUUGUGGACUACAGUUUUAAAGCCUCUGAUUUGGUACCUUGCCGUCACCGCAUUAGUCUUUUAAAACUGGAUGUGACGAGUAGGAUGUUGAUCUAAUUGAGUUUAAAACUGUCCUCAAAUGAUAGUCAAGCACAUUAACAGUCCACAUUUAAUAAAUCACUGACAAAUAAAAUAAAGUGGACCUUUUUCCAUAUGCUGCUAAAACCACUUUCAGCCGCUGACACUUAAUGUUCACCGUGAAACCGGCUCAGAGGAAUUAAGGAAUUUGAAGAACAAAUACAGGAAACACUAGGUUACUUAAAUUAUGAAUUAAAUAACAAAAAUAAUCAACAAACAAAAUUCAAAAUAUUCAACACAGCAAACAUUCAGCAGUCUCCUACCGUAUAUAACAUGUAGACAUAUUCAUUUCUUCACAACGCUUUGAGAUCAAAAUAAUCCUAACACCUGAUCUGCACCACAGAGUGACUUGUUCACUGUGAUUAAAGUUAGUUAAAAACAGCGGCUCAGCUGGAACAAAUGUCCAUAAAUACUGUUGCAUCAACGUUAUCAGUCCAGGAAGUCUAUCAGUAUUUAUUGCCACCUCUAAAUGGUUUUAGAUUUUAGCAGAUGCACUUCAUCAUUUUAAUGUUGUUGGAAGCAUGUCCUCAGCAUUAGCAUCAUUAGCCUUUGUGCUGACAGACACUGUUUACUGUUAGCAUGAGCCUCAGGUAGCUUGCUAAUCCAGACAGCUGCCAACUUUUUUUUUUUUUACAACUUUAUGCUGCAGAGUUCAUCAACACAACUCCCACAGUUAAUAGUUAGACAGCAGCAAGGUGCGCUUGUUUUAUGGGACUUUACCAGGCAGUGAGCAGACACACCUGUAACUCCACCUCUACAAGACCGUAGCACAACUAGUUACCACAGCAAACCUGUCUUAUCAGUAAUCAUCAACAUCUCUCCUGAGAACUUGGCGACAUGAUGCAUGCCCAUAUGGUCGCAACUUUUCAGCCACAUGAUAGCUACAUCGUAAAGGAUACCCUGUUUCCUGCCUAUUUCACUCUCAAUGGGAAUAUAAUUGACUGAAUAACCAUUUUGUCGUAUUAAAAAAACUUCAGACUGGUGAUUGAGACCAUUAACUCAUUGGGAAAACAUUUGGUGAGGUAACAAAUUAAGCAAGAAGUAAAGUCAAUGACUCACAGAUUUCUAUACAGCAGGACUUUAUUUGCAACUAGAGGAGUCGCCCCCUGCUGGCUGUUACACAGAAUACAUUCUUAAAGCACUUCACGUCACUUUUCCAACCCAGCCGCUAUGUCCACCUUUAAUAUACAGUCUAUGGUCAAAACUGCUUUUCACACUGAAAAAAAAAAUCUUGUUAAAUACACUUUUAUUUCAGUAUUUGAUGGCUGAAUUGCCAUUUUGUUUAUUUGUUUACUACUCCGGAAACCUUUCUGCAACAGCCUUUAAUGCACUUCAGCAACAAAUGGAUUGUUUUUCUUUUAUAUAUUCACCCUGUGUUAAAUCUGUAAAGACAACACUUGUAGCUCCAUUGUCAAUAGCUGUUACGGAGGUGAAUUUGUGUAUGUGUGCGUGUUUUUUUUAUUAAAGAUGGUGGCGUUUUAGCUACCUGACAAUAAACACAACAAGACGAAAGGUU